UGCGAAAAACGCGCGCCGCCGCGCAAUGAAAACACGAAUAAAUAUUGAAACCUUUCCGCUGUCUCUGGUGAACUCUAACGAUCUGCAGCGAUGCUAUAUUCCCGACGUGGAGGAUUCGCCAAAUCCUACUGCCAAAAGCUACUGGGGCCGCUGCAGCCUCUCUAAUGGGAGCUAUGCCAUUUGCCGCGUGGUUAGGCGUCUUGGCAGCGAACAUUGUUGCUUUCUGGACAGCGCGGUGACCUCCUCGGCACAAUUCCCGCUCACAAAUCAACGCCUGACGAGCAUCGAGUCAUUGACCCUGGUCCGCAAUGUGAUGAAGGUCUCGUGUUUGGUCUUUGCCAACCAGAAUUUGCCUGAAAAACGCCCAGAUCUUCAGCUGAAGGACCUCGCCGGCUAUGUUAAGAUCUAUUUGCGGUGGCUAGUUCUCGAGAAAGGCUGCUACGUGAGGCUGAAACUGUUUAGCACAUUAGGCAUAGACGCCAUCCAGAUAUUGGAUGCCCCCGAAGUGCCGGACAAUCAGUGUUUCACAUUGGACAAUUGUGCAGUGAUGAACAUUGUGGAUGUACGUCUUGCGAUGCCAAAAUAUCUUCCAAUUUGCACAAAAUAUCUGUCCGACAGCUUUGAGCAGCCAACGGAGGCCCUGGAACAGCUGCUGGCGACCUCGAAACGCAGUUUUCUUGCCCAUCGAUUCCCUACUACGGCCCUGAUUGUGGGUCCAGUGGGUUGCGGCAAGACAAUGCUAAUGGCCGAGUUCCUGCGGCGCCACGAAUGCAGCUGCUUCUACAUCCUCCCCAAUCAAGGGGUGAUACGCCCCUAUCCAGGAGGCACCGAAUCGCAGCUAAGGAAGAUCUUCCAGGCAGCGCGCACAUUCAAAGCCAAUAUGAUGCCAUCUACACCCAUUGUAAUAAUCAUUGAGGAUCUGGAGCUUCUCUGCGCUUCCUCAAGCAGCUAUUCGGGUGGAGCUUCUCAGAGCUCGAACAAUUCGUUGCGCAUCGCCGCGCAGUUCAACAAACUAAUUGACGAGCUGGAUCCGGGCAUCAUUUGCUUGGGCACCUCCAGCAAUCCGGAUCACCUGCACGAGCAUGCGCGUCGUGCUGGCCGAUUUGGCAGGGAGAUCGCCAUUGAAAUGCCAAAUGAGGAGCAGCGUGGAAGACUGAUUAAAGCCUGGUGCCAGGAGUAUAACAUGGCGCUCCCUUGCGGAGAACUAAUUGAUCAUUUGGCUAAGAACACCCAAGGAUAUGUCAUCUCUGAUCUGAUCCUGCUGCUGUCCCAUGUCCAGAAGGAUGUGAAGGUCCAAGGAGUCUCGCAUUUGGAUAAGAUCUUCCGCAAGUGGCUGAGUCACACUUUCCCGAGUGGCUCACGAGCCACAAAUGUGCGCGUGGCCAAGAUGACGGUCGGCUUUGAGGCCAUUGGAGGGAUGGAUGGGCUCAAGCGAAAGCUGGAGGCGUCUAUUCUCGCCGGACUGAAGCAUGCGGAAGUCUUUGCCCGCCUUGGCCUCAGUCUGCCCAAGGGAGUGCUGCUGUAUGGGCCGCCGGGCUGUGCCAAGACCACCAUUGCCAAGUGUUUGGCCAAGGAGGCCAAUAUGACAUUCAUUGCCACCUCGGCGGCGGAGGUUUACUCCCCCUAUGUGGGUUGUGCCGAGCGAUAUAUCACUCGGAUGUUUCACUUGGCCCGAAAGAAUGCCCCUUGUCUCAUAUUCCUUGACGAAAUUGAUUCGCUGGUGGGACGUCGCACGGUGUCUACGGGAGGAGGCGGUGGCGGUGGCCAGGUUCAGCUAAGGAUCCUCUCCACCCUCCUCACCGAGAUGGAUGGGAUUGUGGGGGGCACCAAUGAGAAGCAUAUACUCGUUGUGGCAGCCACCAAUCGUCCGGAAAUGAUUGACGAUGCCCUAAUGCGUCCCGGGCGCUUCGACAAGCUGAUCCAUGUACCGGCCCCAGAUUUGAGAUCCCGCAUGGCUCUGAUGGAGCUGCAUGGCAAACGGAUGCCCUUCGAUGAGAAUCUAGACCUGGAAACGAUCGUCCGGCAUACCGAGGGUUACUCUGGAGCGGAUAUAUGCAAUCUGUGCAAUGAGGCAGCCAUCCAAACCUUCCAGCGAGACCCGGAGGCCACAAAGAUUGAGAUGCAGGACUUUGAAAAGGUCCUGUAUAAGCUGAAAUCAUCGCUUACCCAGAGCCAAAUCAGUGCAUACUAUAAGUUUGCCCAAAGAUCUCAGUAAUUGGGAACUACCGGAGAA